UUUCUGUGGCCUCUCUCUCUCUCUCUCUCUCUCUCUCUCUCUCUCUCUCUCUGACUUGCAGGCAUUUGAAAGGGCAGCAUGACCAUAAAGUUUAGUUUGCAUCGCAUGGGACAGUUCCUCUCUCGGAGGGUGUCCGGCGUACCUCCCACCGGUCCCGAGUCCGACAUUGAUGUUCGCGAAGAGUACGCCAACGCCUUCCGUACCGAAUCUUACACCGAUUUCUGGUCCCGUAUCCUCACCCUAACAAAUGGAGAUUCUGCCACUUGUAUUCCCGUGGAGUCCUCCACCACGGCCACGCGCCUCCCAUCCUAUAGGCUCUUCGCCGAGCACCUACUAGAACCGGACCAACCCACAGUCACCCAGGUCCUGGGGUUGGCUCAGCCCCAAAACCACCCAGAGAACCACUCUAUUCUCUCCGACUACUUCGCCGAAACCGCCGACGCCUCACUCCUUUGUGGUCUCCUCCUGAAAGACAUCCACAAAACACGUGCCCAAUACCACCCUCUCAAAACUACCAUCCACACCCUCGAAACCACCCAAUUCCUGUCUAAAUCCCACUUCCCGGUGGUCUUAGACCACCUCACCGAGUUCGCUCACUCUCUCAACCCAUUUGGUUCGUCGGCUAACUCACUCUCCCAAUUCCGUGCCGUGCAAGCGGGUUGCACCGGUUUGCUCAAACGCCUCGAAUCAAGUCGUGACCAAGCCCGUGCAAGGCUCCGUCUCGUCAAGCGGUUCAAACACGGUUCAGCCGUUUUUCUUGUGGCACUAACCGCUUCGGUGGUUGUAAUUGUGACGGCUCAUGGUUUAGCCAUGUUGGUGGCAGUUCCAGGUUUCAUAAUGGCUUCAAUCAAGCUGGCUUCAACCAAGAGCUUGGCUCGGCUGUCGGCUCAGCUGGAUGCGGCGGCCAAAGGAACGUACAUUUUAAAUAGGGACUUGGAUACUAUAAGGAGGCUCCUGACUCGGUUACAUGACGAGUUGGAGCACCUGCGGACCAUGGUUCAGUUCUGGUUGGAGCGGAAGGAGGACCGGUUCCAACCGAUUGGAGAAGUGGCUCGCCAGCUUAAGAAGAACAACUCGAGCUUUACCCAACAGUUGGAUGAGUUAGAGGAGCACUUGUACUUAUGCUUCAUGACCAUCAAUAGGGCUAGAAGCCUUGUAAUGAAGAAGGUUAUGGAGGAACUCAGCAGAGUAUGACUCAGUUCAUCUGUAUUCACCUCUGGCUAGUGGCACUUUUUUUUUUUUCCAAUUCUUUUCAAAAUUACUUAUUUAAUAACUUUUCAACUAAGGGUGUUAAUUGGUUCAAUUUUAGUUUUA